AUGCCACCUGCUAGAAGUUUACGGCAACGUGCCAUUGCCAAUGAAAAUGAUGAAAAUGCAACCACGACGCGUCUUACUCGAGCAAAGGCCGCUGCCCUGGCCGGCCCGGACAGUCAAGUGAAUCUCACGGCUACGAAGAAGCCUCUUCAAUCAAAGAAAAGCACUCUCACUGCCGCCAACACUGGAAUUCAACGGAAGCGUGCCGCAUUGGGAGAUGUGAGCAAUGUCAACAAGGCAGACAACAUUGAGUCAAAUGACUCAAAAGAAGUGAAGAAGUCGACAAGCAGGGUUGGAUUGACUUCCAAAGCUACAACCCAAACCGGAGGAGUGCAAAAGGUUACACGCAACAAUACUGCCAGAUCCGCAUUAGGAGUGAGAGACGCGAAUAAGCGUGAAGUUGAGCCCAAAAGGCCAGGAAGUGGUUCAGGCGUGAUGGGAAGCGCGCAGCUAAAGCGGCAACAAAGUCAAAAGCCCCUUGCUGCUAAUGAAAACCAUGAGGCCACUGAAGAGCCACCACGGAAGAGGAUUGACAGUGGAAAGAAAACUACAAGAUUUGAGGAACAUGCUGAAUCAGACCCAGAAUCAGAGGAGCUGGUGGAAAAGGAACCCGAGCCAAAAACAAAAAUCCCAGAGAAAGCGAUAAACCUAGAUGCCGAUGACCUCUAUGAUCCCUUGAUGGUGUCCGAAUACGCCGUGGAAAUUUUCGACUACCUCAGAGAAAUUGAACCCCAAACGAUGCCCAGCCCAAAUUACAUCGAACAUCAAGAAGAAUUGGAAUGGAAAAUGAGAGGUAUCUUGGUCGACUGGCUCAUUGAGGUCCAUACCAGAUUUCGCUUGUUACCCGAAACUCUUUUCCUUACCGUCAACAUUAUUGACCGCUUUUUGUCUAUCGACAUGGUUGCUCUUGAUCGUCUGCAACUUGUUGGUGUCGCCGCCAUGUUCAUUGCCGCUAAAUAUGAAGAAGUCCUCUCGCCUCAUGUCGCCAUGUUCAGCCAUGUCGCCGACGAAACAUUCUCCGACAAAGAAAUCCUCGAUGCAGAACGACAUAUCCUCGCAACCCUUAACUACGAUAUUAGCUACCCAAAUCCUAUGAACUUCCUGCGAAGGAUUUCGAAAGCAGACAAUUACGACGUUCAUACUCGAACCUUUGGCAAAUAUUUAAUGGAGAUCAGCUUGUUAGAUCACCGCUUUAUGUGUUAUAGGCAAAGCCAUAUUGCUGCUGCUGCCAUGUAUUUUGCUCGACUGAUCCUUGAGCGCGGCCCGUGGGACGAGACAAUUGCGUACUAUGCCGGAUAUACUAAAUCGGAAAUCCUUCCUGUCUUUCACCUUAUGAUCGACUACCUCUAUCGUCCUGUCGCCCAUGAAGCGUUUUACAGGAAGUAUGCUAGCAAACGCUUCUUGAAAGGUAGAGUUUACUUCGCGUUUGUUAUACAGAUAGGAACUCAUCCUAAUGCUUAUUUGUAG